CCUGUUUACCGCCUGAUGUACCUUCAUACUGUAGUACACAUAUUGCAACACCACUCUCCACUGCGGGGGCUUUUGUCCACAACAACAAACGCAGCAUUUGGGUCCUGCAGCCACAGGAUCGACUGCGGAAUCACUUUACCUCGUGUGUCGCCAUAGUCGUGGUUCAUGAGACAUGAAGACGUGACAUUGAGGAAACGUGCGCAGGCCAGGAAAGAUCCUGGAGAUUUCCUGACUCCAGCUCACCGGAGUUCAGUUCGGGGGUGCUGGGAGGCGCGUCUCUAUUCACCCGAUGUCCCAAACGCAAACUAAACCGUGGUGAUGUGGAAAACUACACAGGUCUGAAUUGAUUCUCUCAAAUCAGUACACGGGGGUUUUGAGUUCGUGGACACCACCAACCUCCGCCUUGUAAACAGAGCUAGCCUGUUAGCUAGUCGUGCUAGCUCCGGUAGCACCAUACCGCCGUGCUGUGCGGUCUGGUUCGCGGGUGUCGUUUCGGGAGUGGAGCAGCUCGCCGUUGCCCUGAAUUCAGGAAGAGUCCCCGGCUCUGGCCCCCUCAAGCGGGCAGUGAGGAAUAAGCUGCCUGGGAAGGGAUGGCCUGGUCGGUCUUCCCGUUCCAAAGGACAAGUCUCUGCGGUGUUUGAAGGAGGUCGAGUUCGACUAGAGGCUACCACCGCGGGUCGAGGCGCGAUGAUGGCCGCCUCUCCCACCUCGGCCGGCGGCUAUACGGCCCCCGGGCUGUCGGUCAGAAAGAGCGAGGAAAUAGCGGAUUUGAUAGAUUUGUUUUCCAAGAUGCAGUACAGAGCAAAGGAAGCCACUCCUCGGGUGGAGGCGAUAGAGAAGCGCUGCCUGGAGUUAUUUGCCAGAGACUACAAGUACAGUAUCAUCCACAACUCCAAUGGAGAGGUGUGUGGCCAUUACCCACAGCAGAUCGUUUUCCUGGAGUACGAAUGCACAGACGUCGAGAGAGACAGGUUUGAGAGCACAGUGCAGAGCAGUAAGCUGCAGGACCUGGUGAACCGGAGUAAGUUGGCUCGCUGCAGAGGGAGGUUCGUCUGUCCGGUUAUCCUCUACAACGGCAAGCAUAUAUGCCGGUCGUCCACUCUGGCGGGAUGGGGGGAGCUGUAUGGACGCACGGGCUACAACUACAUCUUCUCAGGCGGCACUGAUGAUGUGGAGUCUGAGGAGGUACUCGGGGAUGACAGUGCAGUCAGGAACGGGGACUCCCAGCUCUUUGACAAGGUUCGAGGCCUCGACAUUAAGCUGCUGCGCUACCUCUCGGUUCGCUACAUCUGUGACCUGAUGGUGGAGAACAAGAAGGUUAAGUUUGGCCUAAAUGUGACAUCAUCUGAGAAGGCGGACAAGGUCCAACGCUAUGCAGACUUCACCUUGCUCUCUGUGCCUUACCCAGGGUGUGAGUUUUUUAAGGACUACAAAGACAGAGACUACACGGCCGAGGGUCUCGUGUUCAACUGGAAUCAGGACUAUGUGGACGCUCCUUUGACGAUCCCCAUGUGCUUUACUCACAACUUGAACAUCGACUGGACUCGAUACCAGUCGUGGGAUCUAGUGGAGCAGACCCAGAACUACCUGAAGCUGCUGCUCCACAUCAUCAACAGUGAUGAUGAGAGCGGCCUCCUGGUGCACUGCAUAUCAGGCUGGGACCGAACGCCUCUGUUUGUGUCUCUCCUCAGGCUCUCCCUGUGGGCAGACGGCGCCGUGCACGCCAGCCUGGAGCCGGCCCAGAUCCUGUACCUGACCAUCGCUUACGACUGGUUCCUCUUCGGUCACAUGCUGCCAGAUCGACUCUCCAAAGGGGAGGAGGGUCAUUCCUCUCACUGUUUUUGUACCUGCUGCUACCAGCGAGCUGCAGGACGCAUGACGACUGUUGCAUGUGAAAGGGCAGUAUAUUUAAGGAUGACGUCCGGGCUGUUGAGCUGCUGUCGAUUUGCGGUUUACCCUUCAGUCAAACAUGUUUUCUUUCUCCCUCAGAUUUUCUUCUUUUGCUUCAAUUUUUUGAAGCACAUCGUCUCAGAGAAAUUCUCCGCUGUUAAGAAACAGAGGAGGAAGAACUCUCACAUCAAAGACGGUGAUUUCACUGUGGAAGAUCUCUGCCAGUUAAAGUCGAGGGAUCGCGGCAGCGUGACCAGCCUGAGCAGCGACUUCUCCCUCAUCACGGAGGAAGCGGGCGGCUCCUCCAGCCUCACCAACGACACCGUGGACCUGUUCUCCAGCCAACCCCAGGCCUCCAACUGGAGGAAAGGCCCCUCUUCCUCUCCUCAGAUGGUAGUCUGGAGCAAACCCAACCCUCUGGACGAGCACCUCUCCCAUCCACUCAGCGAGGCCAGGUCCUCCAGCUCCUCCUCCUCCAACCAGUCGGAACACGCGGCCACGCGCACCGGCAGCAGCCCAUUGGCCGUCCCCGGCAGAAGGUUGGCAGCGGACUACACCCGGUCCGGCUCCUCCCUCUCUACAGAGUUUGGGAGCUGGCAGAUAGUUUCGGGUUGCGGCAGCAUCCACGACAACGGCCACUUCCCUCCACCUCUGACCUCGGCCUCCUCCACCUCUUCGGCUGUGGCUGCCGCCUACGACUCCCCCCUGCCCUUCAGUUUUCAGGACGAAGGACCCAGCGGACGAAUGUGUCCCUUCCCCUCUGAGCGUCAGGCCCGCCUGGAGGCGGUGCGGGAAGUCUUCCUGGCAGCCUACAGCUCCACCGUCGGCCUCAAGUCCUCGGUGCCCAGCCCCUCCGGCGCCAUCACCGGCCUGCUGGAGCAGUUUGCCCGCGGCGUCGGCCUCCGGGGCACCAACGCCAUUGUUUGAACCCUCCCAAUGUGACUUCAGACCCUCCUUUCCGCUUCCAUGCAUCCACAGCCGACACAACAUGCCUGGACUCAGUACAAUAAAGUGCCAAACAUCUCUGUUCAGUUCAGGGGUGAAGCAUUUAUUUCUGUUCUUUUUUCUUCUUCUCGAAUUUCCCUUUCCACUUUUACACGCUUGGAUUUUGAUUUUUUUCAUUUUGCCUGUGCUGCGCCAACUUCUCUCCGGACUUUUAAUCUUCCAUCAGUCACAUUCAGGGAGAGAAAUGUUCUUUCAGCCACAGUAUCAAAAAGGGAUUUUAAGAAUGCGUUGUAGCUGCUGAAAUGUGAAAGGCUGAGCACAUUGUGUCUGAGCCGGUUCCCUCGGCCCCGAAUGAGACCGUCCCACGUUCAGGCGAGGUGUUUCUCCUCAUGUUUUGUGCUGCUAAAUUAAUUACUGAUCCAAGCAGAGGAAUUGUUGUUUUGUGUCUUGUCGGUGAUUUUUGAAGAUUAGAUAAAUACAGCACUUACUGUGUUCUGACAGAAAUGGCCACAUUCGGUUUGCAAUUAGUAGAUUACAAUUUUGAUGAUGUAAUGCGUUCUAGAGCUCACAGCUUUGGGGUCUAGACUCAAAGGACAAUGAUUGGUUUUUACAAGUCCGUCUUAAUGCGAUAGUCAAAUGCAGUGUUUAGGCUAAAAGAGUCAUUGGCUGCAGGAAUGGUUCCUUCAAUCUGUACUGGCACCGAAGGGAUCCCUUAAUAAGUUUGGGUGACUCGCCGUAGUCUUUUUCUUUCUUUCCUUUUUAUACUAUAAGGCUUCAGCGGUUUGAGUUAGUGCCACUGUUUCGUGCAUCACAUUUUGAUCAGGAAUGGCAAGAUCCCCGUUGGGUUCAAGGGUUCACCAACUGGUCCAUUCCACACGCCGUCAAACGGCAAACGUUAUUGUUCAUGUUCCCAAAGACCACAAUCGAAGCCGGCUGUCAGAGAGCGGAUCAGAGGGUUGAGGGGGUUUGUUGUUGCAAGCGUUCGUGGUGCGUUUGCCAUGUCAGUCGCCAUGUGUGUGCGGCCUCAUUGACGGUUUCGGGCAAGCUUCCUGUCCAAACUGGUUUUGAAGGCAAAGCCAGUAUGGACAGAAUGGAUGGAGGAAGAUAAGAUCUGAUCUCAUUCUUGUGCAGGGACUGCUCCCGAACGCCACCGCCCCUGGAAUGAAGCGACAAACGUACCCAAGCGAUCGUCUUCGCCCCCUCGGCGUUCUGAUGUCUCCAUAUUACCUCCUUGAGUCCAUAUCUGGUAAUUUCUUCUUCUUUCUUCUUUUUUCUUCUUCUUCAGUAGCACUGACAUGGUAGCACAAGAGGCACUGAGCAUCGCGGCAGCGGACCCGUGCACGGUCUGACUCCGGUGAAGCGAGGUCCACGUGAUUCCUGUGAUUUCUGCCCAGCUGUUAUCGCACAAGUUUGUUAAAAAAACAAACGUGACAUUUCUACCUGAGCUGCUUUUGUGUAGAUUCACGCGUUUUAAGUAAUUUUCUGAUUAAGAGUCCUGUUGAUUUGGAAUUAGCUUGUCGGCGUGGCCAAUACGGUUUAGACGGCUGCUGUACCUCAGGACCUUUUGUUGUGCCUUUUUUUAUCUUCAGUAACACUGGGUCGGCUCUCUUCUUCUUCUGGACCAGUGCCGGGUGUAUUUGUUUCUCUCCUUAAUGGUUCUAAGAGCUUGGGGUGUCUGUGGCUGAUCGUUAAUGCAAGUUUUGACUGCAGAGCAUUAGCAGCGUUAGCUUUGCAAUAAAGCGUUCGGCGCUGUGCCCUGAAAGACUUUUUUUUAUUGUACGGCAAAGUAGAGCUGUCGGGUCUUAUCGAGUCUCACCUCUGAUAAGAAUAAUGAGAAAAUAUUUGUAUUUGUGCUUUUGAAAAGACUGUAAGAGAAGAGGAUUUUAUUGACUUUAAGGAUUAAUUCUAGUUGGAAUUUUAGGAAGUGCAUUUAUUCACUGAGAAGAUUGACACCAAUAUCAUGUCACUGAAGCCGUGUAGCCAUUUGCAUAUUUAAAUGUAUAUUUUGAAGUAUCGCGUUUGAAUUUACUGGUGGAUUACAUCAUGCAUAAAGCGUAGCCUGUAGUUCCCACUUCUGACCCAACUACGCUGAAGCCCAGUUUAUUUGCUCUAAACCAGUGAGUGGAAAAGCGGCUAAUUCACUUUCUUUUUUGGCGACAUUUCAAAGGUUUUCUUAAAAUUAGCUGAACUUUUAAACGGAAACACGGCCGGUGUUAAAUACGGUGCUGGAGCCGGAACCUAUUGACCUUAGAUUUACCGCGAGAGGGGAGGAAACCUCUCGCUUAAACUGAUUAGACGUGUUGGUCCGUCAGUUGUUGUUGUUGUUGGGUGCAUCUGUUUUGAGUCUUUAUGCUAAGCUAGGCUAGCCACAUCCUGACUCCAGCUCUGUACUCAAAGCUCAGACAUGAAAGUGGAAUUGAUUUUCACAGCUCUCUCAGAGAGCAUUAGAACACACGCACUUACCAAAAUGUUCAAGGGCUCUUUAAAACUGGCAGGAUUUGCUGUUCGGCUACAUUUCGAACCACGUUCUGCUUUCUGUGUCCCACAAAACCACAUUUGCUGAGUUGUUUUUAAGCCACGGGAGUUUCAUCCCUUUUAUUCUUCAUGCAUUAAGGAACUUUUGAGCAUUUGGGUCACAUGGCUGCAUGUAGCAGUUCUCUGCCCGGACUGUCGAAGUGGUUUCAUUUUGUAUCCCUCCAAGACGUGACAGUCGAACAAUCUGCCUGACUUUCAGGCGUGGCCUCAUCUCCGUGUCGGUUUUAAGCUUUCUGUUGAGCGUAUCUUUCCUGAAAAGGAGUUCUAAUUCAGUCGGGGUUACAUAUCGUUUUAACAUACAUUAUUUGGCAUAAUUUCUUCUGCCGGACACUUAAAAUAACUGUCAUUUUCACAGUGCUAAGAAUCGUCAUUACAAGAAGCAUUUCACCUCUGGAGUUAAAAAUGUCACUUUUUCACUCGCCGCUUUUGCAUGACAGCCCCAAUUUUAUCUUGAAUGAUUUCUUUAAUUUCAUAAUCUCUUUUUAAAAAUGCUGCAUUGCACUUGUCCUAAUCUUCUCUGUGUGAAGAGGUUUCUUCUUUGUACAGUUACGGCAUUUUUAAGUAAUUCUAUCUUUUUAGUUUUUUGUUAUUAAUUGCUCUUAGUUGUUGGCAAGCGACACGCUACAAAUGAACAUUGAACUGAGCAGCAGGUGGCAAUUGUGAAUAAACAACAACAAAAAGAAAAAUA